UAUGGACAAGAACAACAUCAAAAUCGUCCUCGACAACAACAACAACAACGACAACAUAGUCAUCAUAAUCAUUCAUGUCGUCACUUAAGAAAACAAUGUAAACAUUAUCGACUACGUGCCUUAUUGAGUCAAACAACAUCAUCAACGAUGAAUAAACAACAAAACACAAUUUCAGAACCGCUUUCGCAAAUAUGUAGCACCUGUAAAAAGGUGUUCACAUCACCUUGGCUAUUGAUGCAACAUGCUCAAAAUGAUCAUGGAUUAAAAAUAUAUGAAGAAAUUGAUGAAAUGGAUUCAUUUAGUACGGCAGCUAGUGCUACCGCUGCUGCUACUAUGGAUGUUUCAAAUGAAUUUGUAUCGAAUCCAAAAAUAAUGAUGAAUGGUCAUCAAUCAUCAUCAGCAUCAUCAUCAUCAACACAUUUGUUACCAACAAUUAAAUCAGGCCUUAAUGGAAAUAUAUCAACAACAACACAGCUAUGGAAUGGUCAAACUACUAAUACAUCACCGGUUAGCAAUAUUAAUCUUCAAUCGAUGGCUGCAUUGAUGACAUCGGCCGGUUUCAAUUUGACAUCAACGCAAUUAGAAGCUAUACUACGAUCAACUAGCCAAUCGACUAAUAUUCCAUCAUCAACGGCAUCAUUAUUACAGGCAAUAACGGCAGCCGUAACAGCCAAUCCAAUGACAAGCAAUAGAGGUGGCAAUAGUCAGAAUAACCAUCAGAACAAUGGAAAUCGUACUCAAAUGUCCACUACUAGUCAUCAAACAGAUCUAUUAGGUCAUCUAGCAACAUCUCAUCCUUCAUCUCAUCCGAAUCCAUUAUUAAAUGAUCUGUUUUCGAUUGGUGGGCCAAAUGCCGGUUUAGAAACAACAACACAAGUUACGAUGCCACCAACGACGAAUCAUCAUAAACGUGGUGAAGGAAACAAUAAUAACAUUAAUAAUAAACAACCGCAGCAGACAAAUACUAUGAAUCCAGUUGCAGCUGCAGCAUUAAAUUCGACUCUAGCCAAUUUUACAAGUCAUUUUUUGGAUGCAUCAAAUGCAACGGCAGCAUUUGAUUUAUAUUCAAGACAAAUGCGACAAUUGGCCAAUACGAUGGCACCAUCAUUGUCAUUACCACCAACGACGGCCAUUUCAACACCGAAUUCUACUAGUCUGAUGAAUACUGCUUCUGUUGUAUCAUCAUCACCAUCAACAAUAACAACAUCGUCGUUGCCAUCAAACAACAACAAUUUAACGAAUACUACCUCUUCAUCGUCUUUGACAACUAAUCGUAAACAUCACUAUCAACAAUCAACGAUAAAUAAUAACAACAAUUCUCCGGUAGUACUUAGUCCAUUGGCACUGCCAUUGAACAACAACAACAUUACGGAUACAAAUAGGCAACUAUCAUCACCAUUGAUGAACAUUAAUAAUCAACAUUCUCGGCCAAAUUCAACAUCAUCAUCUAUCGAUAUGCAUCCUACAAGUCGUUUAACAUCACCUGAUAAUAUACCAUUGUCUAAUGGUAGAAUUUUCAAAGAAGAAGAUGGAAAUAACACAGUUUUCACCAAACGAUCACCAAUAACUGAUGACAGUAAGAUUCAACACAAAGAAUCAACCGCUUUGAAUGCCCGUAGACCAUUAAAAUGUGAAUUCUGUGGUUUAGGAUUCAAAAAAGUGAUGAAACUAAGAAGACAUUUGAAACGUGUUCAUAAGGCUAAAAAACAAAAUGGCUUUGCUAAUCAAUUACAACAAAACAACAAUGAUAAUACGGAUAAUUCAAUCAACGAUGAAAUUUCAUUAAAUCAGGAUGAUUCAUCGACAGUAAUAGAUGAUGAAAAACCUGCGAUAAUUACUAAUGGAUCAGAUUCUUUGACAAUGGAAUCACUACAAAAUAAUGAUGAUAAUUCACAAUCUAACCAUGGUACAACGAAUAAUAAUAAUGAAUCAGUCUCAGUGGAAGAAAUCGAUGGUGAAGAUGAUGAUGAUGAUGAUGAUGAUAAUGAAGAGAUGGAAAUUGGUGUCGAUGAAGUGGAUGAUGAAGAGGAAGAAGGCCAUGAAGAAAUUGAUGAUGAAGAUGAAGAGAAUGAAAUCGAUGAUAAUGAUGAUCAUAUGGCAAAAGAUGUCAAACGGAGUAAAUCCAUAAAUGGAGAUUUAAUGGCCGAAGAUCUUUCAUCACGAUCAUCGGCCAAAUUAAGCGAUUCGGGUAAAAAUGGACCGAUCAAAACUAGUGCAAUAGAUGGAGCCGGACUCCAUCAUUCAACAUUAUCACCACCAUUCUCUCCUCGUUCCGGUAGUGAUAUACGACCGUUAUCGAUGCCAAAAUCGGCAAAUAAUCACAUACCACUAGCCAAAGGGACAAGUGCAAUGAAUAUGAACAUGCAAAAUAUAUUGGGUGAAAUGAUGGAAAAGAUGGGAUUUCCGAAUCCCCAAUACAAUGAUGCUUAUAAACAAAUCAUGGAGGAAAGUAGUAAAGUUUUCAAUAAUUAUUUCAGCAAUGCUUCAAAAACUGAAAGAGCCAAUAUGGAAAAUCUAUUUGCCAACAACGGUAUCAUGGUACUGAAUAAUCUAUUAAAUAACAAACAGCAAUCACCGCAAGGAUCAACACCAACAUCUACACGAUCAUCAAAUAACAACAAUAAUACUAAUGCCAAUACCGGAUCUUCGAUCCCACCGAACAACAAUAAUAACAGCAGCUUACUUGGAGCCAAUUUCAAUGAUUUAAUGAGCGGUUUACAAAAUCCUAAUGCCGCUAAUCUGAAUCUGUUAGCUGGCAAUUUCCUAAACAGUGCCUUUGAUCCGACAACGUUUGAUUCGAAAAAAUUUAAGCUUGAUUUCAUUAAUCAUGACCAACAAACAACAGCAAUGGCCGCGAUGGCUAACAAUCCACUUUAUUCAAAUUUAUGGCCCCCAUCAAUGGGUCCUAAUCCAUUUACGAAUUUCACUACAUCAGCUACUACUGGUAUGAAUCCUGAUGCUGCUGUCGAAUUUCUUCGAUCAACUUCAAAUAAAUUAUCAAUGACAGAUGCUACCAGUGCCUUUGGUAAGAGUGCUGGUGCUACAAGUUUACCACCGCCAUUAACAACGGCACAGAAUCAUCAUAGUAAUGGUGGUGGUGAUAGUACAACAAAUAGUAAUGGAAUACAUCGAACAAACGGUACAACACUGCGAAAUAGUUUACUGUCCAACAAUAGUUCUCCAUUGGCUAGAAUCGGUAAUCAUCAUCAAUCAGGACAUCGAAGCAUAAGUGGCCAUCAUGGUCUUCGAUCCAGUGCUGUCAAUUCUGCGACAACAACAACAGAUGGUCGACGAAAAGAACAUCGAUAUCGCAAUGAUACUUGUGAAUAUUGUGGAAAGGUAUUCAAAAAUUGUUCAAAUCUAACCGUACAUCGACGAUCACAUACCGGCGAGAAGCCAUAUAAAUGUGAACUUUGUUCCUAUGCUUGUGCACAAAGUUCCAAAUUAACUCGUCACAUGAAAACGCACGGCCGACAUGGUAAAGAUGUUUAUAAAUGUCGAUUUUGUGAUAUGCCAUUCUCUGUUCCGAGUACCUUGGAAAAACAUAUGAGAAAAUGUGUUGUGAAUCAGAAUAAUCGUAAUGCUGCUGCUGCAGCCGCCGCCGCUGCAGCUGCAGGUCUUUCUGGACAUCAUGGAGCAUCACCAUUAGCUAAUGCUGAAUUAGCAUUAUUAUUGCAACAACAACAUCAACAAUUACAAUCACAUCAUCAAACAUCUCAUGGCGGCAAUGGUGCUAGUGUCAAUGUACUUUCCAGCGCAAGUUCGGCCACCAGUAAUGAUAAAGAUUCGGAUCUAUAGAGUUUGAAAAUAUCGAUUUAACAGUCAAUGUCAUAUCAAUAUCAUUUACUAGAUAUGACGAGCUUCUUUGCAACUUCGAUACCCGGUCAAUCCCAUCAUUAUUAUCAUAAUCAUCAUCGUCAUCAUUAUUAUUAUCAAUGAUCACACCUUAAUCAUCAUCAUCAUCAUCAUUAUUUCUAUUCGAUAAAAACAUCAUUCAAUAUUGGUGAUAUAAGUUAUAAUAUGUACCGAAUAUAUAUCGUCAAAUUUUCUUUUGCCCCUUUUCCAUUUUUCUAUAGCACGAUGCUAUAUAAUUGAUGGAUCUUAAUUGAAAAACAAAACAAAACAAAAAAAAAUGGAAACAAAAACCAAUGUAGGAAAAUUCAUUUGUUUUAAUGAGAUAUCCACGUCAGUUAUUCUCUUCUAUUCAUCAAACAGUCAAAAUGAUAUCCACACAGAUUCAAACACAUUUAUAUAAUGGAAUUAUUUUCACCUGAUUAUUGAUCAUCAUCAACAACAGAACCUGAUUUGUGUGUUCAUCAAACAUUUUUUUUGAUAUACUAUAACCGAAAAAAACAAACAAAAAUUUAAAAUCGUUAUUGGCGAUGAUACUUUCUUUCAAAAAUACGAUUCUUUUUUCUAAUCAACAAACAAACAUCAUCAUCAUCAUAAUUAUUCAAUGUUUCAAUUGGUUUUCAUUUUGUUAUAUUUGUUUUUGCUAUUUUUUUCUGUUUUUUUUCUUUAUUUUAAAACUUUUUUCCUGCCUAUGAAAUUCUUAAACCCUCCAAAUACACAAACACACCGAUUAGCGCAAUAGAUUUCAUCGUAUUAAUCAUCGCAUUUUGAUAAUUAUUAAGAAUGAUAUAUUUGUCCAUGAUUUUUAUGAUAAAAAUUAUACAUUAUACACCAUCACAAACACAUACACGAAUUUUGUUUUUUUUUCUGA